AUGGGCCCGGGCAUCUGGCGGAUGCCAUCUGCAGACACGGCAAAACCAGGAAUGGAGAAGGUGACUAAGGCGGUCACAGAAAAGCAUCAAGCGGGGGACUCAGGCAACUUCGGCUCCCUACUUACCAAGCUUAAGGCUGCGCUCAGGAGGUAUGUGACGGAAGAACGGAAGCGGGUGCACGCGUCGCUGCGGCACCUGGAGCCGGCGGUCUCCGGGCUGCAGCAGGAGCUGAUGAGGAGACCCCAUCGGGAUGACCUUCCAAAGAAAGGCCCGGUUUCGCGAUGGGACUUCGCGCAGGAGCAGCUGGUGUUCAAUCGGCAUGUCCUGCUGAAUGGGAAGAAGCCGUUGGGACGACAAGCGGCAGCAAAGGGGCUGGAGCUGAUUAAGAUAGGCGACUUCGUCGGACGGGCGGAUGACGGCACACGUCUCUUCAAGGAUGAGAAGGUGUUGGCGAAGGAGCUGGGCACGCUAAAAAAGGCGCGGAGGGCGCUUAAAACUUUCGGUAGUGUCCCAGCCUCUUGGAAGGAGAAGUUACUGGCGCCUAUCACGGGGGCGGAGUUUCUGGCGGAGUCGUCAUACGUGAAGAAAUUAGGAGCUGUGGGAGUUUGGAAGGUGGAGAAACGCGUGCAGGAAGGACUUGCCUGCCAAGCAUGCGACUGCUUCGGUGUGCCCCUGGUGAGGUCUGCGGAGACAACUGCAGUUCUUGAUCUGGAUAAGGUGGAGCCUCUGAUGGUGCGGAACGGAAGGGUGAUUGGAGUGUGUUGUCUGCCCGAGGUACGGCUGCGUUGCUCGGAGCUUUGCAUGGAGGAUCGGAUCCCUCCUUUCAAGCACCUGAGGAUGUUCUUUGGCGCGCAGCAGGGGGUGAUGCGGCAGCAAGGAAAAUGGACGGAGGAGUGGGGGAAAGUAAUUGACUGGAAAUGA